ACCUAGGAUUACACAAAUCUCCUUCCCUUUAACCAAAGGUUUAAGUGUAUGAGUUAAAAUUAAAAGAAAAGAGUAUAUAUAUAGAGAGAGAGUGCAGAUUAAAUGAAAUUGCGCGGGAAAAGUGUAAAUCGGAAUUAAAAAUGAAUGAGAAAACGAGAGAGGAAGUUGAAAGGUGGAUAAUGGGAGAUGAAAAUGGCAGUGAGAUGCUCAAAAGAGUAUGUAGUGUACGACCUUUCAUUCUCCCUCCUCCACUUCACAGAGUCCCUCUCCGCGUAGGCAACGUCCUCGAACUCGUCGGUCCCUCUCCUUCCGCCAAAACUCAAAUCCUAAUUCAGACCGCAAUCACUUGCAUUCUUCCAAAACACUGGAAUGGUAUACACUAUGGUGGAUUUGACCAUUUGGUACUUUUUAUUGACCUCGAUUCUCGAUUUGAUAUCAUGCGUUUCUCUCAAUUGCUCAUUCAUCGCAUUCACGAACCCUAUGGGGAAGCUGCUGGAGAUUAUGAUAAGUCGUUAUAUGAUUUGUGUAUGACUCGUUUUUUGUAUGUUCGUUGUUCCGACAGUUUUCAAUUUCUUCAGACACUCAAGACAUUAAAUUGGCGCUUGGAUAAGGAGAAAGAAGUUCACGGGGUUAGUGUUCACUUGCUCAUGAUUGACAGCAUUGGAACUUUUCACUGGAUGGAUCGUGCAUCUAUGUUCUUGUCUCUAAAAGAAAACAACAGGAAAAAGCUUUUUCUUCAAAGUGUGUCAGAAGCUGUAGUUCAGGAUAUUAAAAAACUUCUUCAGGUGCAUCCAAUGCUUGUUAUAGCUACAAAGUCAGUGAUUUUUUGGAAUAAACAUUCCUCAGCUUCAAUUGAGGUCAAAGGAAGCUUCAUGAAAAAUAAUUGGGAAGAAAGAAGUUUGAGAAAUGUAACAAGAAACUAUCAACAUUUUCAGUAUCGUGAGUACAUGCCUUCUGUCUGGCAGUCCUUUGUUACACACAGAAUACUUAUCCGCUCAUCAGAUGAUCAUUCUGCUACAAGCAACUGUCAGAACUCCUCAUUCUUUUUGUUGGAAUGGUUAUUGCCAAAAUUGAGUUUUUCAGACACAAUUGUAGUGAAAGAUGCUGGAGUUUUUGUUGAUUCGUGAAGCAUGUUUGCAGAGGGAUGUCAGUGUGUGAUCCAUAACUGCUUUCAAUUAUUCAACAAAAGCUCUUAACCAAAUGGAAUAUGACUUCUUGAUUGGGCUUAAUAUUAUGGCGCAAUUAGGAUCCGUGUUAUUGCCAAGGUCCAUUUUCACGAGGUUAAGUUACUCUUGUAUGCUACAAGAGAAAAGUGUUAUGUUUCACUUGCUGUUCGAGAACGAUUGACCAUAAAUUUUAUGCUAUACAGCUGAGAAUAUUCUGCCGAGCAUUAUCUCAAGCUAAGGACAGGAGCAUUUGAAGUGUAAUAAUUAUUGGGCAAGGUCCAGCCACCAAAGAAACCUUCUGGAACUGGUGAGAGGAUUCGCACUCCUAGAUCACAAUAGUCCAUCUUAGUCGUGGCACUUAUCAAAAGGAGUACCUAAUACUGCCAACCUGAUUUAAGGAAAGCUUCUAGCACUGAUGCUUCAUUGCUAUAUUACGUACUUGAUAUCUGUAACUUUUCAGUGUCUCCACUAUUAUCUAAAAAUGUAGCGUCUAAAAUUUAACUAUGAAUCUUGAGAAUUUUUUUAUAAAUAAUACGGAUGAAAUUGAAAAUUCUAA